AUGGAUGUAGUCCGUCCUAGUCCACACAGAAUCACAAGAAAAAGCUUACUUCAAGUGGCUGAAUUAGUAAUAAAGUCGCAAGUCGAAUCUUCCGUGCACCGAAUACCAGACGACAGUUUCCCGGAUGUUCAGAAUUUUCUUGCAGUUUUAGAAAAUCUAUUCUACCAUGGCUUAAAAUCUCAUAAUUUUCUGGUCGGGAAAAAUGUCCCAAAACACCCCUGGUGUCUCAUACUUCAAUUAUCUAAUUUGCCCAGUUUUUCACAUACGUCAUCAGUGAAACUUCUUGACCAUCUCAAGAGUAAUUUCUCAAAGCUUCGAGCUUGGAUCAAACUGUCUCUUGUUAGGUGUUGUCUGCACUCUGCAAUGUUAGAUUUAGUUCAACUGAAGCCCAAUUUGACGAAAUAUUAUUCACGGGAUGCUAUUUUCCGUUCGGAAGAAAUAUUUAAUCUAAUUGAUUCUCUCGUAGGAUUGGAGAAUGUGCAAUUUAAUUUGGACUUUAAAACUGAACUCGUGAAUUAUUCUUAUUGUGUUCCUCCUAUUGAUUUCUCACCAUUUCUUUUGUUCAAGCAGAGUUUAGAAACACAACUUAGUGCAAUUUGUGAAUGUCAAAACGAGAAUACUGAGGAUAGAAAAUCGAAAUGUAUGUGGCGCCAUGGUUUUGAGAAAUUAAAACAAAAUCAGGUUUAUUCUUUAGAACAACUGCAAUAUCAUGAAGAACUGAUUCAAAAACAGUUUACCCAAUUAAAUAAAUAUAAAGAACAAUUAGACUGCUAUAAAGAGACGACUGCUAGUCUGGAAAGUUACAUUUUGGAAUUACAAGUUAAGUUAACACUUAUUCAUGAACAAUAUGACCAAGAGUUAAAGCGUUUGGGUGUUAACCAAUCACGAUUGACCGCUCCAACAUUUCGUAAUAUUCCAAAUCGAUUUCAACAAAUACAUGAUAUCAAUGAAAAACCUUCAAAAAUCUCAUCAUUUCUAAAUCCAUCAAUAAAGCUCAUUCAUAAUGCUGCUUGCGCUAGUGCCAGUACCAGCUAUCAAAUGCCAUCAAUCUUAUCAGUAGACCAAGGUGUUGAUGCAUUAAGCUUGGAGGAUUCUUCAAAUCCUGACUUAGAUAGCAAUAAUAAUCACUCAACAUCAACAUCAAUUGUUGAGCAUAUUCCCAGUGAAUCGAAACGAUAUCGUUCAGUUAAAUUUACCGAAUCUAAUUCAAAUAUAAAAAAAAUCGACCAGGAUUCAUGUGUUUUGCCUGUGGAUUUAUCAAAUAGAAAGUCUAAUACAAAACGUCUACCUUUACCCAUAAGAGCACGUUCUAAUUCUCCAACUACUACUACUACUAAUAGUAGUAGUUAUCCUAGUUCAAUAAGUGAAUCAUCUCAGCAAAAAUAUAUUAAAUCAAAGAGUCCAUUAAAAUCAAAUAGUUCCGGUCAAACAUUUCAUCAGAAAUCAAAAAUGCUUGUUAGCGUUCAGGAAAUACCGUCUGAACGUUUCAUCCUGCCGGAUAAUUCAUAUUCUACUGUAUCUUUUCCCAAUAAUAGUUCACCAAAAACUCUCGACAGUAUGACAGUUGUUGUAAAGCCAAGAAGUCAUAGCUUAUUCUCUUGUUAUGUCCCGAAGAUAUCUACGAAUGAGGUAGAAGGCAUUAUUCGACAUGUCGAUAGUCUUAUGAAUCCACAAACAACCUUGAAAAAUGAUACAGUUAAUACAAUCACACCACCAACAACAACGGAUACAACGAUAAACGCAUCGACCACUGUUAAUGAUAAAGAUGAUAUUGUUAUUGAUGAUCAUCUACUCGAGUGUAAAAAUCAAUGUUCAAAUCUUGUUCUAUUUGAGGCAGGCUUAAUUGAUUCAAUAACUAGUAGUGAAAUUAUGGAAACUUCAUCUGAAUAUAAUCCAAGUGAUCGAUUACAUUCUUCAUCUACCCGAGAAUAUUAUCAUUUAACAUCAGAAGAAGAUUUAGGAAAUAGUGAUGAAGAAGAUGUGGAUGUUGAUGAUGAUGAGAAAAAUAAUGAUAGUGACAAUAAAACAUCUGCAAUACGACAACAACAAGAAGAACAUGAAAAAACCAUUUGA